AUGCCUCGACUUCGCCGUCAGUCCUGUCAAAUCAGUGAUGGUGCAGCUGCAAUUGAUAAUCCCAUGCUUUCGACAAACGCCCGCCCCGCGGAAGAACCAGUGGAAAAUCAAAUCCUGGACAGGGCCACCCGCACCACUGUUGCGCGGUCCCGGACCAGAGAAGAUGGCGGCAAUAUCUACCGACCAGAAAAAGUGCACUAUCCAAUCUACGAGAUCAAGCUCGGCAUUCACCGAAUCAACUAUCUAUCCAGGCCAAUGACCGAGGAAGCGAUGUGGCGCAAAAUGCCCUCGCUCAGACUAUGCGUGCUCCUGUGCGACUUGGCCCUCCUUGGGCUGGUUUUCUGUUUCGUGCUGCUUCUCCGAUCACUUCUCACACAGUUGCUAGCGGCAGACGCGAACCGUAUCACUGACGAAUAG